AUGUCCGCGGCAGGCGGCGGCUGUAUGGAAAUGGACCAUCAUCAUCCGGACAGCGGCGGCAGCAGUGAGACUGCGGCGAGGCGGUGCGCGGCGUGCAAGUACCUCCGGCGGAGGUGCGCCCCCAACUGCGUCCUCGCGCCCUACUUCCCGGCGUCGCAGCCGCGGAGGUACGCCGACGUGCACGCCGUCUUCGGCACCAGCAACGUCACCCGAGUGCUCCAGAGCCUGCCGGUGCAGGAGCGAGGCCGGGCGGCGGACACGAUGGCGAAGGAGGCGCACUGGCGGGUGCAGGACCCGGUGUACGGCUGCACGGGGAUCAUCCACCGCCUGCAGCAGGAGAUCCGCGACGUGCAGCACCAGCUCGCCACCACGCGGGCGCAGCUCGCCAUGCACGUGCACGGCACGGCGCCGCCGUCUCCGCUACUGCCGCCCCAGCCGCCUCUCGCUGCUGCUGCAGCUGCUACUACGGUGACGGUGAACAGCGGCAGACGACAUCGCGUCAACGUGCACGCGGACGACGAGGAGCAGCAGGAGGCGCCGUUGAUGGACCCCGACGAGUUCCUCGACCUCGAUGGCCGGCUCUGA